AUGAGUGAAGAAAUGGAUCCAGAGUUAUUGGAUAUGAUAACAGAUGUACUCGAUAAAUUGUAUCCCUUGAAUUCUUUUAUGGGACUCUUUGCUUUGCUCAUCAAUGUCCCACAUGUGAUAGUGAUAACCAGAAAAUCAAUGCGAACAAAUAGCACGAAUUCUUUGAUGAUUGCUAUUGCGAUUUGUGAUUUUAUUGAUUUAUCAGUAAUAGUAUACAAAAGAGUGUUAGUUAUCAUUGGUUUGAAAAAAUUUGAUGAAGCAAAAGAUCACGUUCAGUUAUAUUUGGCAUUGUCCGGAGUCUCUGAGCUACUAGUCAGCGUAUUGCAUCCAGUUCUUGCUUUAUUUUUGUACUUGGAAAUAAGGAAAUCGGCAAAGAACAUUGCACUAAUAAGUGAACAUGUUUCACUCGAACGAUAUAAAAGCGGUCGUAUGGUACUUUUUCUAUCAGUUUGCUAUAUGAUCACAAGUUGUCCACUUGGAAUUCUUUUUUUAAUCAACAUUUAUUUAGCUUCUCACUUUAAUUUGAUUUUGAUGAUGAUCUCGAGCUACGGUGCUUAUAUAGCUUCGACUCUAUUCUGUGCGAACGCUACAGCUCAUUGUAUAAUUAGUUUUGUGAUGUCUUCAACUUAUAGAAAAUCAGCAAAAGAGCUUUUCAGGGCUGAGAAAAAACGUGUGAGAAUGUGA